UUGAACUGGAGGCUGAUUCCUUGCGUAGUUGUGCAGAUUAUGAUGCGCGUCGCUUAACCAGGCUGCGCCUCGAUUACCAUCCGGUUGGCUGUCUGCGCUUGAACCCCCGCAGACAACACAGCCAGCAUGUUUAGCGGAAUACAUUACACAAGGCUGUAUACCCUCACGGACUUCGCAUACUAUCCAGCUCAUACACUCCGACACUACGCCUGUAGCCGACAGUGAGGCCACGAAUUUCUUCUACAACUACUACAACCCGUGGAAGACGAUGCUGUCAUGGCACUCAGCUUGUUUACUGCUGAUCCUCUAAAGCCAGAGAUCCGGCUAGCACAAGCUGUUUCUCAAUUCGAGGCGAACCUUACGAAACCGCAGAAGAUCGCGUUUCGAAUCCAGCGUACGCAAGCUUUACAAUCUCCUCCAAGCACUAUGGACGUUAUGCGAAUCACAGCAGAGAUAGACAUCUCGCAAAAAGCUGGAGGUCGUUGCUUUGGACCCCGAUUCACCACCUUUCUUCAUGGUGUGCAGCAAUUUGCUGCUCUUGGCGAUGUGAUUGUAGGCAGCUCUCAAAACAUUGUUGCGGCUGGAGUAUGGUCAGUUAUACGCACGUCGUUACUGGCAACUACCAACCGAUCAUUAUACCUCGAAAGUCUGUCCCUCCUACUCAUGGAAGCCGGCCACUCGACUCAACAUCACUCGGACUUAGCACUGUUGUAUCCCUGUUCGAGAUCAUUGCAAGACUACAUCACAGAGUACUUCAUUGUAGUAGUUCAGAUAUGUCUUCACUUCCAGCUGUACACGCAGAAAUCUGCUUUGGGAAAAUUCGCAUCAUCUCUCAACGAUGCUUACCUCAAGGAAGCGCGAUCAAGUCUCCUGGCCUGGUCUAGGUCAAUCCAAGCACAAGUUGGAGCCCUUGUUGCACGGAGAGUAGAGACAGAGGCUGAAAGCAACUCGCGCUUCAGGGCCGUUAUCAGUGCGAGUGCCAAAAAUGCUGGACAUCAGCAAAAGCGUGCUGCAAUACAAAAGCUGCUUGAUUGUUGCUCAACUUAUGACUACGAAACGCCAUGGAGACAGAUUCGGAAAGCGGGUAACACAUCUCUAUAUACACAUCUACCUGAGUAUAGCCAGUGGGUCGUGGCACCAGAGUCGAGGACACUCAUCUUGGUCGGCAAACUUGGAUACGGGAAAUCCGUUACACUCGCGAAUAUUGUCGACAACCUCAUCUUGCAAAUCGAUCCUAAGACUAGUGGCUUGGUACACUUCUUUUGUCGGCACGAUCUUCCUGAGAGCCUGAGUGCAAGAACAGCGUUGGGGGCACUGAUACGUCAAAUCAUCAGUCUAUUUUCGCAGUCACUUGAUGGGUCUGACGACAUCGAACACUAUGAGUUCUCUAGGUUCUAUAGUCUGAUGCGCGGCAUUGUUCCACCCAAGUAUGUGAUAUACAUUGUACUUGAUGGUUUGGAUUUAUGCCCCCUCCCAGAAAGAAAGAUUAUUGUGGAACAACUGGAGCACAUGAAAACGCAUCUGAACAUCCGUCUUUGCGUCUCUCGCCGCCUGGAACCUGAAGCGGAGUUACAUCCUAUCUCAGCAGAAUUCUCGCAAGCAAUGGUUGUAGAGCUUCCUGACAACUCUUCCGAUAUCGAGUCUUAUAUCGAGACACAACUAGAAAAGGCUUUGUCGAACCAUAGCCUAACCCUAGGUGAUCCAAUGAUCGUUCUCGAAAUACGAGAUGCUCUCCUGCGUGGUUCGCAGGGUAUGUUUUUGUGGGUCGCCCUCCAAAUACAGUCGAUCUGUAUCAUGCAAACUGAUCACGAAAUUCGACGAGCACUUGCAAACCUACCCAAGGAUCUCUCUGAAAUCUAUAGUCGGAUACUGCAGAACGCACAAAAAUCAGGGCCAUCUCUCCAAUCCGAUAUAUUCAAACUCGUCAUAGUUUCGAGGCGCCCACUCACAGUAAAUGAGAUGAGAGAAGCUCUUAGCGUAAGCCCAGGCGAUAUCAACUGGGAUCCCACUAAACUUCUCAACAACGCCUAUUCAGCACUAGCGAUGUGCGGCUGUCUCAUCACUAUUGAUGAAGAGGAGCAUACCAUACGUACGAUUCACCCAAGUAUCAACCAGUUCUUGCUUCAUGACGGCUUGAAGCCUCUCACGAGUCCAGGAGAGCUCCGUUUUACGUUGGAUGAUGCGAAUUCAUUCAUAUCAUCAAUCAUUGUCACUUACCUGAGUUAUGGUCUCUUCGGGACGGAGCUUGCCAUCCACAUUCCUACACUUAACAUGGGUUCUGCGCCAUCUCAUAUCAUCAACUCUACAACCGGCAAGGUCAGAACUAUUCAGAAUAUUGCUGUGAAACUUUUGAGAUCCAGGAAACAGCUUGACUUUGAUAUAUCCAAGGUUUUCGCACAAGAUCAAAGCGUGCAUCGACCUUUGAGCACCGGCGAUUUCUACUUUCAACACUACGCAAAGAGAUAUGCGCUCAAGCAUUUAGCAGAUUUCCCCGUGUUAUCAUGCAAUACUUCUGCGGCUUUCUUCCGCCUCUUCAAGCAAGGAACGCUCUGUGUCAGAACCAAGGCAGAGGCGAUGGGUCUGCUAUGGCUCUGGCUACAACCGCCUGGAACGAUAGAUGUCCGUGACCUUUUUGUACACAUAUCGGAAGAAGCUGCAUCAUCCCUUUCACUCGAAUGGCAGCAAUGCCCAGGCCAGCUGUUCAGUCGAGCUAUCAGAACUGGCCGGUUACAUGCAAUCAGAUACUUACUGGAACUCUAUCCCCCAGUACUGAAGCCAUUUCACAAUGACGAAACUGGCCCCAUCAUGCCGGCACUCAGAGACGUAUCGGUACUCGAAAGUAUGUCUUUGGUUGAUGGCUCUUUGAGAUAUCCACUCCGCCCUUAUGACGAGCGUCGACGCUUGUUUCUCGGUCGGGCACCGUUACGUCUCGCCAUCGAGAGUUCCCAGACUGGAUCUUUAGAAAUGCUCGCUAGCUCUGAAUUGAUCGACCGUAACGAUGAAGAGAGACAUAUGCGCUCAUUAUUAUCUGUUGCUAUAGAGAAGAGGAAUGUCAAUGCGGUAAAGAUACUUUUGUCUUCGAAGCGGGUCUGCCCAACGGAAGAAGAAAAGUACAACGCAAGGGAAAGACUAUAUCGAGAGAUAAGGGCAAAACGUGGAUGGUCCUGCAAGUGGGAUGACAUCCCAGUCGACUCUGCUAUGGAGAUUUAUAAUUUGCUUUGAUCUAAACUAGUAGUCUUAUACUG